AGUUGAAAACAAAGUGUAAGUGAAGAAUGAAGAAUCGUAUCGGAAUUUAUUUUAGUGGAAUUGUUUGUUUGAUUUUGUUGACAAAUGUUUUAACAAAAGCAUCUGAAUCUGACCCAAAAGCUGAGGUACAAUCUUGCGAUAGCGGCUCAGGAACUUGCGUAGACGAAUGCGAUGAAUUUCUUACGAUUGAUACUGACACUGAUUGCAAAUCAGGAAAAGUUUGUUGCGUAAAAAGAUGCACCAAGGAAUAUGGAAGGUGUAGACCUUCAAGUGGAUGCGUUUAUUCGCUAUUUGAUAAGAAAGGCGUAUGUAGAAGAGGAGAAAAAUGUUGUUACACACCUCCCCCUCGAAUGCCUCCCACAGAAGUAAUGUCUUAA